AUGGCAUCGCUUCGCGCCGUGCGCACGGUCAAGUCCGACGACAUCGUCUUCGAUGCGAACGGCAAGCCACAACUCCGACACGGGUUGGCGCACACGACUCGCCGUACCACUCGCGCGCUCCAGCCUCAGCCACGCUGGGACUUGGUCACUGAAUACAUGGCCCUUGACGUUGAGUUUCAGAUGGAGAACGAUCAUUCCACGGGAAGAAACCGCCAGAAGCCGGGUCGUGUCUCGAUGACCAACAGCGACGGCAAAAUCGUCUACGACGUGUUUGUCUACUUCCCAUCCAAGAAAGGCCAUCACUACUGGCGCAACAGCCGCGCUCAGAAUUUCGGCUGCUAUAACGCCGACGUCAAGCCGUCCAACGGUGCUCGACCCAUCGCGGAAGUCGAGGAAAAUGUUCACAACCUCUUCGCGAACUCGGUGGCAGUGGGCCACGCGGUCUUGAACGAUCUCGAGAUCUGGGAGUCUUGGGUUUUCAACGGAGUGGCGUACCGCGAUACACAGAAGAUCGCAAAAUACCAACAAUUCGCCCUGGCCGCGAAGGAUCCAUCUCUUUCGCGUUUGGCCAUGUUUGUACUCAAUCGCCCGUUCCGCUCCGAAGGUGGCGAACACUCAAGUGUGGAAGAUGCACAAGCCACUAUGGAGUUGUAUCUCCUCGGCGAACCAGAGUGCGAGAUAGAGCAGGCGAAUUGGUACUACCACUCGAAUGUCACCGCCGAGUACUACGAGGAGGAUAGCGCGGAGAUGAAUGAAGCCCCUCACGAAGAGAACUCACCACAAGAAGCCGUCGUUGGGGAGCUGGACGCUGAAGUUGAUGGCCCGCCCGAGCACAGCAAACGCGUUGGCAAUACUCCGUUCCCCGCCGUUCAGCUUCCACCGGCAUUUACGACCUGGCAGGCACGCUCUGCUCACGUCAAAGCGAACCUUCACGCCUCGAACAAAACUUGUUCGCAGUCAAAACUGGGGGAUGCUCUCACUUUUGCAUCACAGUCGGGUGCAUCUUCACCAUCGACCAUUGCUGGACCCAUCUCAACGCAGCACCCCUCGGGUGAAGCUUCCAACACCCAAGCGCUUGGCGUCCCGACCGAGCAAUACCCAGACACUCACGCAGUGCCAGCCAGCUCAACUAUCUCCAUGUCGACUGUGCCAAUCGCCUCGACCACUGCUAGCUUGGCCACGUACGCUGAGGCGAAGGCCAAAGCCGCCAUCAAGAUCGCGUGUCCACGAGUUCGCCAGGCCGCUGCAAAUCCCCACCCACAUGCCAAAUCCGCUACCAACUCCAUUCCUAUCGUGGCACCCACGGCGACUUACGCUCACGUGGCCGCGAGUGGCCUCGCCGGCUCUCAUCACCCUGAGCUUGGCCGCAAAAUGGCAAAACUUUAG